CCGGAAGUUUCGUUUUUGAACGUAGUGUCAGUUAGGCUAACCGAGUACCUUACAUUUAGCUGGCGUAGAAAUAAACCUCCUCAGUUUAACCUCAGAUAUGUUUCGAAAAAACCCUCAACAAAGCAACAAUGCAUACGGAGCGAGUUAAUGGAUCCGAAGUUGCUUCCGCAUCUCAGCGUUUAGUAUGAGCUCAUUAUCAGCCCAAACAUCUGCCUCGGGCUCAUCAUGCAGGGCAGGAGGGCCUGGAGAUGGGAAUCAGGUCCAACCCAAAGCCCCACUUUUACAACUAUUGCGUAUUGCUGGAGCCCAGGAGGAUGUCUUCACACUCAAAGAGGUGAUGCACUACCUGGGUGAAUACAUCAAUGGCAAGCAGCUCUAUGACAAGCAGAGGCAGCACAUUGUCCACUGCCAGGAUGACCCACUAGGAGAGCUGCUGGAAGUGGACAGUUUCUCUGUGAAAAACCCAAGCCCAGUGUAUGAGAUGCUGAAGAAAUACGUCAUAGUACUUGGUAGUGCUGACGCUGCAGAGAAUCUUUCUGUGGGCCGUGAGUGUGUAGAGGGCGGAGUGGAGGAUCGUGGUCAGAUGUGUGGGGGUGCGAUCAAAGCAGGACUAGAGGCUACCAGUGACGGGCCUCCCCUGCAGACUUCCUCCCAAAGAAGACCUCGAGAACCGGAUGAAGACUCACUUGAAGGUUUGCCGCGUUCAGCCUGCAAACGACCCAAAUUAGAUGUCACUCUUGAUGAGUGGGACCUGUCUGGCUUGCCCUGGUGGUUUCUGGGUAAUCUCCGCAGUAACUACAACCGCAGGAGCAAUGGCUCCACUGAUAUUCACACCAACCAAAUGUCUCCCGUGCAGGAGGAGGACACGGCUAUCGUGUCGGACACCACCGACGACCUGUGGUUCUUGACGGAGGGCGGGAGUGAGCAGGUGAGCGUGGAGAUGAAGGAGGCUGCGCUGGAGGAGGGAAGCGCGGGAGAAGGAGAGACACUUCCCGAAGAAGAGGAUGGAGGCGGAAAGGAGGAGAAGGCGGAUCUCGAGAUGCAGGAGGAGCCUGAUGAAGACUCCCAGUGCCUCAGUGAUGACACGGAUACGGAGAUCUCCACGCAGGAUGCAUGGCAGUGCAGCGAGUGCAGGAAGUACAACUCCCCUCUCCAGAGGUACUGUGUUCGCUGCUGGGCCCUCCGCAGGAACUGGUACAAAGACGUGCCCCGACUGGCCCACUCCCUUUCCGUUCCCGACAUCCCAGCCUGCAGUGCUCUCGCCCGCCACGACGAGGAAGACGACAGCGACACCGGCAUCGACAUCCCAGAUUGCAUAAGGACGGUUUCGGACCCCGUCAUCUUGCCGUCCCACUCCACGCCCGAUCGGCCGCUGCCCACCAUGAUUUCGUGCAAAGGGAAGGGACCUCGGCGCCCCGUCGGCUACAAGAACGAGCCGCUCUCCGGCGAGGAAGGCCAGGAGGCUCUGGGCAUGGAGGUGGAAGUCAGGCCGGAGGCACUGCUGGAGCCGUGCAAGCUGUGCAGAGUUCGACCCCGUAAUGGAAAUAUCAUCCACGGACGCACGGCUCACCUUCUCACCUGCUUCCCGUGCGCCAGGAGGCUCCAUAAAUUCCAGGCUCCUUGCCCAGGAUGUGGGAAAAUAAUCCAGAAAGUUAUAAAGAUAUUCAUCCUCUAACCUAACAUGAAAAUAGCAUGCACAUACAACAGCGCAUUCAUUUGCAUGCUGUGUGUGUGUGCGUGUGUGCACACACACCACCUCACCAUGUCAAUUCAGCACUUUGCUCUUGGUUGCACGCUUCAGCAUCGCAGCCUCUCUGAAGGACACUUUUGUCUUUGUCCGCAUUCCCAUGAUGGAUCAGUAGGAACAGAAGUAUAUAUUUAUUUAUAAGAGCUGGAGGUGCUUCGUAACGACGUGAAGGCUUCUUGAUUGGUGCCAUGUGGAAAAGGGGUGUUUGUCUUUGAUUGAAGGGCGUUUUGCCAGGAUGAGGAUUUGAAUUUUUUUUUGUUUUUAUUUUGUGGCUCUGAGAUACAAUUUGAAGACCAGAUUGAAGAGAAAAGCACAGCGCUCUUAUUUCCCAUGAUAUCUUCGUGGACGUCAGUGUCCUCAUGAUGUCACUUCCUCUGUGAUCUCAGCCUCUGCAGUAUUUCAUGUUUUUGUGUGAAUUGUCACAAAAUGACGGUGCAACAUGGUUUGCCAUAUUCUGGCAAACAAUCCCUGAUUAUGUUGUAUUUAAUUUAUUUAUGAGAUUAAAUCGGUAAGGGCCGUCUAUAACGAAUCGGAAAACUGCACUUGCUCUGUUAAAGAGCUGUCAAAGUCAAAUCAGUCCAAUGAAAAUAAUCUUAUUUAAUUGAAUUGUAGCAUGUAAAAUCAGUUUAGUACUUGGAGGGAGUUUGGUGGGGGUUGGUUUGACUGUUUUCACUGCCGUGUUGGGAUUUUUGUGCAUUUUAUUUCCAUGCUUGCGUGUUAUUUUGAACAUUCUAGGAGCUAAUCUUCCAUUACCUUUUGAGUGAUGAUGUUGAGCGUUCGCCAUGACUCCGUGAGCUGUAUAGGUGUCACUAGGCUUCUGUGAAGUUGGAGUUUGAAUUUUUGGGCUUUUUUUUUUUUACUCGCGCUUAAUUUCACCGCCACCAGGGGGCGAGAAGUCCCAGUGUCGUGUGUUGUGUUGACGAGGCUGUACAUUAGCACUAACAACAACAACAGCAGCAUGCAUGCAAUCUGUAAGGACUGUACGACCAGCAAAUGACCUGACGGGAGAGCGACAUGUUGGCCGUACUCGUAUGCUUAUCUGUAUAACAUCAAUGUGGCUUGUUUAUGGCAAAUAAAUAUAUGACAUUAACACAA